CGAUGCCCUGAUCCCUCGGGACUUCCGGCGCCUACUCUGGGCAGUGAUUGCGGAGGAGAGUCAAGAGGGCGGGUCCUCUUUGAAAUGGAGAAGAGGGAACAAGGCGCGAAAGGCUUCAAAAAGGAGACUGUGAACAAACUGCUCCAGCUCCACUUCAAAGAUGACAAAACACGAGUCAGCGGUGAUGCUCUGUUGCUCAUGGCAGAAAUGCUCAAAGUGUUCGUGCGAGAGGCAGCCGCACGAGCCGCACGGCAGGCUCAAACAGAGGACCUGACCAGGGUGGAUGUGGAGCACGUGGAAAAAGUGCUGCCGCAGCUGCUUUUGGACUUCUAGAAACCUGAUGGGGCAAAGCCCACAUUCCUGCUAGAGGGAAGAUCGUGGCCUGACCUCUGGAGCAAAGUGGAAUACAGGCUUUGAAAUGGAAUCUGCCCCGCAGUGAUUCUGCUUGCUCGGACGAUAUUCUCAUCACCUCUCUCCUUCCUUGCUGGCACAGUUGUGGUUGUUUGCUAUCUCUCUUUCUGUGCACUUCAUGAUGGCCAAAGGCUGACUUGCUAAGGGCUGGAAUCAUUUCUCUUUCUCCCCCACCCCUCCCUCUUUGUGACGGGAUGCCGGGAGUCAGUGACGCCUCACCAUCUGAGGCUGCGUCCUAACCUGAUGCUGUUUCCGAUUCACAGCUAGGCAGAGUCUACACUUUCUUUUCCAAUGGGAGAAGCAGGUGCCUUCCUGAAGGGGUGUGUGGAAAGAGUGAGUAUGCCUGGAGCUUUCCCCACACCGUGGGCUCUCAUCACCUCAGCAGGCAUUUAAAGGCCAGCUCCGGGCUUGUCUGCUGUCUGAGUUCUUAAACAGGAGCCGAGCCCCGGGUCUGUGCCAGCAGCAGGUACCUGAUCUUUAUUUUAUAAAUAAACAGUGCUUGUCCCUCAAUCCUUUCCAGCAUUCCACUGGGGCCAUGACAUCAAAGAGUGCUUGGAACCUUUUAACCAUUUGAUAUUCCUCUCAGAAGCUGCUUCCCUCUGCUAUAAAUUUGUUCUCACAAAGAAACUUCAAUAAAUCAAAAAUAGUCUCCCUCCUUUG